GCAAGGAGCGGCAAAUUAAGAAAUUUAACAUCCUUUUGAAUAAGAAGAAUCUAGGAAAGGACCAGCACAACAGGAGAUCAGGGACUGAACAAAGGGAGACGUGUGUUAACAGAAACAAUUUACUGUCUCUCUUCAUCCAGCUGUCAGAGCUUUUCAUGUGCGCCAACAUUAAAGGCGUGCCCUUGUCCCACCAACUUGUCCCCAGAGGAGGCAUAACUGAGCAGCGCUAGGACCAAGGGGGAAACCAGCCCACAGACGCACUUAACAACCAGGAGUGAGGAAGUUUCACCACGGCUGGAAUUUGAACAAAGUUCCUGUGAACAGUAUAGUUAUCUGUGGCGGUAAACAUUGUAGGGGAAAAAAUACGCAUGGUGAUUUUAUCUUCAGUUGAACGGGGCGUCGGACGUUGCGUCUAAAUAUGUCUUCUUCCUCUUUUUCCCUGUGAUCUUUCCGAAAACACCUGCGUGAUUCAGGUAACUCACCGAUGAAGAGGGAAGUCCCUGGGCACUGAGUGGUGAAAAGUUUGUCCUGCAGGGAUGUGUUACAGUCGGGGUAUAUGCGGCGGCAACAACCGUCCCAACAGAUCCUCCAGCUCAGAGGGCACCGGUUCAGGUGCUCACUAUGCCCUGUGCGCCCUGGGAGUGGGACUCAUCGCCCUGGGUAUUGUCAUGAUUGUGUGGACUGUGAUACCCAUCGAUGGAGAGGCCUCAGGUGGCUCCCCCACUACGUCAGGCAACUCCACCACAGGCCCUGGAAACGAUGAGGGGGGCACAGACAGCACAAAGUCUUCAACAGUGGCUAUUGUGCUAGUUGGAGUUGGGGUAGUCAUGUUGUUUUUAUCCAUCUGCUUCGGUGUGAGGAGCAAGAGGAGAGCACGCAACAGAAGUAACCAGCCAGUGGCAACAGGAGUCCCCUUCAUGGACCAUGUGGCACGGGAGCAGGAAGAACCAGCUGCAGACUCAACCACAUUCAACGUGCCGAGCUACGAGGAGGUCGUUGGCAGUAGCAACUACCCCAUCCGCCAGAGCAACCUUCGCAACAGCACCUCCCAGCUGCCGUCCUACGAGGACAUCAUAGCUGCUGUGGAAAAUGAGGGAACAGAGCCCGCUAACAACCCCACCGAGAACGCCCCUCUUAAUGAUCCCACACCAGCUCUAACUCAACCUGCCGCUGACCCUCCUGGCCUCACAUCAAACCUCAGCCUGCCCACCCGCAGCAGCAGCCGGGCCAGUCGUUUACUGCGGCCCCUCCGGGUGAGGAGGAUCAAGUCGGACAAACUGCACCUGAAGGACUUCCGCCUCCAAAUCCGCAGCCCCACACAGAAUCCAGUGACCAUUGAACCCAUCACUCCACCACCGCAGUAUGAAAAUAAGAUUCCUGAAUUAGGGUAGUGUUUCUCACUUAUUGCCUGUUCGUGAUGAAUAAAAAUAUCUCUGUGUUAAAUGGACUAAUGAUAACAUUUUGGAGAACCCACUUUCAAGGUUGGUAUUAAGUAGGUUAAAUGUGGCUGCAAGCAGCGUGAUGGAGGCCAUGCAGACACACUCUUGAAAUGAGAAAAUUUCAAGUGAAUCUCUUGUUCUUUAUCGCUGAAGCUUGUGAUUGGUAUAUUUAUUGUGUUAAAAUGCAUAAUUAUGUCCUUGUGAAAGGAUGGGCUGUCCAGGUUGAGAUUUUGUUUUAAACAUCAUGCCAUAAUUUAUAUCAAACAAAGGACAGCCUUUCGCUUUUAUUUAACAGCUAAUUGUGUGCUGUAAUGGACAAUCUCCUGAACUGCUAGAUGUUUUUCACCUUCCCAGGAUUUGUUAUUGUUGCUGUAUGUUGAUUUUUAUUAAUUGUUUAAUUAAUUGUGGAAAAAUGUAAUCCAUAUUCAAAGGGUAAAAAGGGAAACUAAAUAUCCGAGUGAUUUUAAAAGUGGUAUUAAGUAUCAUCAUUAGAUGUACAACCUUUUUGUGAUUUAUAACUCUUGAAGAAAAUGCACUGAGGCCAAAAAUGUAUGACGUAUAAGCUGUAUGUUUGUGAAGUUGUUUUUAAAUCUAUUGUCUUAAACAAACCAGUUCUUGAAAACGCCAUCUGUAUGAUGUCCAAUGUGAACUGCCAAAUAUUGGAAACAGUGGGAACAAUUAAAAUCUACUGUAACCAUAACAAUAAAACCAGAAGUAAAAGUGCAAAGUAUUAGAUAAUCCAGUAUGGGAUGUGACAUUAACAAUUAGACAUGUAUUGCUUCAUAGGAUUUUUAAAGGUGUUUAGAUGUGUAAACUAUGCUGUAAUAUAUAUUUAAAAAGUGAUAAAUAAAUGUUUUUCUAUUUCAUUUAGGAUCAUGUCAAAAUUUUAUAUUUUUGUUGCAAAAUGUCACUGAAAAUUUGUUUUAUUCCUCAAACAUUGUCUUAUGUUGAUGCCAAGAUCAGUAAAAGCAAGUAGAUCUACUAAAUACAAAGUAAACCAAAAGCCACUGUGGCACUUCUGUAGCCCUGCUGGUGCCACGCAAACACACAAAUAAAAGUUAUUGCUCCAUUUUCUGAUGAGUUGUCUUGAUGCUGUAAGUUUGAAAGAGUUGUAUUUAUUUUGAAAAAGAUAAAUAUUGUCUUCAUACUUUUAGCUAAUAAAAUCGAACUGCA